CCCCAUCCCCCCACCGUCGCCACAACCACGGGCGCCACCGCCGACCACCUCCCCCAGCACGCCUCCUCCGGCCACCUCCCCCGCGCGCCUUCGUCGGUCCCUGCCCAGUGGGCCGCCGCCGCCUUCCUCCCCCAGCGCGCCUCCGCCGGCCCCUCCCCCACGCGCCUCCGUCGGCCCCUGCCCAAUGCGCAGUCGCCGCCCUCCUCCCCAAGCGCGCCUCCGCCAGCCCCUCCCCUAGUGCGCCGCAGCCGCCCCCUCCCCAGCGCCGGCGCGCCGUAUUCCCAGCGACCCGCAACCCAGGCGUGCCGCAUCCCCAGCGACCUGCAACCCCGGCGCACCACAUCCCCGGCGACCCCUAGCCCCAGCGCGCCCCAUCCCCGGUGCCUCCGAUCCCCACCCGCCACCGUCGCUCCUCCGGUCCGGCGAGACCAGCACUGCCCUCGACUCUACAACACAUCUCCGCUCCCAUCGCAUCUCAGAGACGGCAUGCUCCACUUGGCUUCAACUGCACCGCGGGCCUGCUCCACUUGGCUUCCACAGCGCCACCGGCAGACAAGCCUGGAUGCCGUCGUCCGAACUGCCGCACCACCCAGCCGCAACGCUCCUCCAGCCACCAUCCGGCGGCGCGCGGUGCUCCAAGUAUGUCCUGUGGAUGCCUCCUCCUCUUGCCUAGUCCCUGCGAAGCGCACGGCCGUCUCCCUUCUGCCCCAUCCGUCCAGGUAUGGUACUCACACCAGUUCAAGUAGUGAUGUUGCGACAAGUACAGCUCCUCCCCUGUCAAGCUUAGUGAGCCAAAAAGGAGCAUCUUGAUGGAUGAUCGCUAGCUCGCUUCAUCAUCGGCUGAAAUGCGUAUGUAUAUGACUCGUCCUAUGUUUAGCAAGUUGCUGCCAGAUGCCUAUUCAAUUCUCUACUGGUUUGAUGUCUAAAACCUUUUGUAUAGUUUGUGCUUUUGCUUUUUGGAUGCCUUUUUUUCGAAAUGAAAAUUACAGUUGAAGGAAGAUUGAGGUUUAAAGUUCACAGACAUUUUGAAUAAAAGUUUUGAUAGUGUAGUAGCAGAAAAACAUAGGGGCAGGUCUUGUAGUUUUGAACUUUUGGAUGUGUAUGUCAAUUUUCAGUCAAGUAGCUUUUCAAAUCAAAAUGAUGUACCUUUAGUAGCUAUAUUGCUCAGUUCAUGUGCAACGAUUGGAGGAGUUCGAAAAAUCAGAACUCGUCCAUUUCCAUAAAAUUCUAAGUUUCAUGUGUGUGCUGCUACAAAUCUGAAAUAUUUUUCCAACCAUACUAGUACUGAUGCAAUCACCUAAAAAAGUUGAAGAAAAAAUUGAAGAAAAAUUAUGUAAGUUUGGUGUGUGUGCUGCUACAAAUCUAAACUUCUUGUCUAGUCUACAAAUCUAAGUUCGGUGUCAACAUUGCACGUCUGCAGUUUGAUGUGAUUUGGUUGGGUAGGAAGGGAGAAUCAGUAGGGACAGUACGGGGAUGGCCAACGAUAAACCUGCUGCUGACAUUCUCUAUAGAGAUUUUAUGCCAGCAAGGUGUUUGUGUUAAAAUGUCUGAAAAGCGAAAAAAAUCACCGUUGAAUUCUAUUUUGUGCUGAGCAUUUCUCUGAACAUAAGGUGUCUUCCCCAAAUUGUUCUGGUUGACCUGAUGCUUGCAGCCCAGUAGGACUUAUUCUGAUGCUCUGGUUGACCUUAUGCUUGCAGCUGAGUGUACUUAUUCUGAUACUCUAGUUGACCUUAUGCUUGCAGCCGAGUUGGACUUCCUCCUAUUCAAAUGCUUGCAACUUUCAAUUAUGUUUUGUUCUAGAGCUACUUGCUGUAAAGUAGUAUAUGUGCUAGGAUUUCAGUACAGCUUCCAAAAUAAAAUGUGGUUCAAGUUCUCAAAUUGUUUAGAAGAAGAUAGGACAGGAAGUCUUGAAUGGAAAGCUCAUAUGAGUGUGAAUGGUUUGAGUAAAUUGUUGAAGAUUAGAUAGGAGUGAAAAAACAAAAGGUAUAUAAGUGAUGCUAAAAACUGGGAUGUAAAAUUUAACAUUCUAUUAUUUCUGUUCUUUUAUUUUCUUUUAGUUUUGUUGUCUGAAUUUGUGGAUAUAUGUGCAGGCCCCAAUAUUUAUUUCUUCAGUUCUCUUUCGCCGUUAGGUCGCACCCUUUUCCUUCUGCAGGUCACCACCUCCUGCUUCUGCAGGCCGUGCCACAUCCCCCCAUUCCCGCAGCGGACAUGCCGUUCACCGCCGGCACCAUAGUCCGUUCAGUACCGACAGCCGAGGCUGUUCAACAAUGCAACGACGAGGUCUGGUCUUCCCCUUCCUCUUUACAUGUAGUAUAUUCUACAAAAUAUGAGACGCUCUCAACUGAGUAAAGAGUGUGUCAUGCAAGUUCAGGUAUUACUGUUGCACGAGUUCAAAAAUCUCAACAAACCAAGCUCAAACCAAAUUUCAGGAAUUGUUUCCUUCAUAAAUUAGUUUUCUUUUUGGUUAAUUUGUUGUUCUAGACAGUAUAGAUGUAUUACUGAAGUAGUUCCAUAAAAUGUCAUUGUGUUAAAAGAUGCACAAACUAUUGUGUUUUUUGGUACCUCACGGCAGUGUGUAGCCCUUGUAUGCCUUCUAAAUACCGAUGCACGUUGUUCUUUGGUACUUGCCUCCAGUACUAGUUUGGAAGGCCAGGAAGUUCUACUUCUGGCAUAAGCCAACGGAGUAUCGGUCGAAGGUCCUAUUUGUUCCUCCACUGCCCCGGUGCACUCACCAUCGAGCCUAUCCAUGCACAGCUCUAGUAUUGAUGAGCUUCAGGCUUGUCGUUGUUCAUGCAGAUUAAUUCUUUGUUAAUUGCUAUUGCACAUUCAGUAGAUGUAGCCUUUGUCUUCUCAGUGAAGUUUUAUUGUGAAGAUUUUUUAAUGCACACCGAAACCAGAUUGUCUGCUGCUACAUGCGCAUCAUAUGCGUAUUUUUCCAUCGAGAAACCCCAUCAUAUGUAAAUGUCUUCUAACUCUAGAUUUUGAUGAUGCAAAGUUGUAUCCGUGUACACAUUUUUUAUUUCUAUUGCUCUUGGUUCAAAUGACCAAUUGCUAUAAGUUCCUAUGUGUGUUAGAGAACAAUAGUGUUUGGCCGGGUCAAGCUUUGCACUAGUGGAAAUUUUUUUGUACCCUUGUGCGAAAGCACUUUAUUUUCUGAUGAUUGUUAUUAUUGUCAUGUGGGUGUGGUUGAACAUUUGCUGUGCAGGAAAUAGGCCUGUGAUUUUUGUUUUGCGGUGUGUGCUAUGGAUAAUAUGAAAAUGUGCAGUCGGUGUGGUGUA